CGAGCGCGCGGGCUUUCCUCGUCACCGCACAAGCACAAGCACAAGCCUCGCAACGUUCAAGUUCGCUCUCUGCGUUGUCGACCGAUCAUGGGGUUCCCCUUGGUGUGCUACUGCGUGGCGGUCCCGAAGCCGGUGAUAGCCGUCUGCCAGGUCAUCGCCGUCGUCACGCACGUGGUCCUCCUGGCGCUCUCCGCCGUCGGCCUCUGCCGCGCGCCGCCCAGCCGCUCCGUCGCCACCGACAGCGCGCCGCUGCCGGAGGAGGUCAAGGAGCAACUCCCGGCCGUCGAGUUCUGCUGGCUGCAGGGCCAGGAGGGCCUCGUCGGGGCCGCCGCCGCCGCGGCGACGGCGACGUGCAUCGUGUGCCUGGAGCGGCUGGAGGCAACGGACGAGGUGCGGCGGCUGGGCAACUGCGCGCACGCCUUCCACCGUGGCUGCAUCGACGGCUGGAUCGACCUCGGCCGGACCACCUGCCCGCUCUGCCGGUCGCACCUGCUGCCACGGCCCCACCGCGCGCGCGCCGGCCUCUUCGCUCGCUUUUGGUGAGGAAACUACCGACCGGAAUCAUCGGUAGUUCGGCCGGCGCGUCUUCAUUGGCGGCUGCCGGCAGCUGGGUCCGGUUGGUGGCGCCGGAAUACUGCGCACAGAUACGCGAUUAGGACCCGGUGUAUAUAUAUGGGGUUAAAUGACCCAAACAUAACAUUAUUGGGUUAAAUGAUCCAAAAGUUGUGAUGAAUUAGCUCAUCCUGCCACCUGCUUGUACAAUCGGCAGGUGUUUUGCCCGUAUUUAUGCGGAUCUUUCUCUUUUUUCA